CCUCUCGCUCGUCAACAUGGCGGCGCUGGAUGUCAUUGUGGACAACUUGGUGACUCUCUGGAGGAUUCCGGCCGUCCGGCAAAACUUCCACUGGAUAUUUUUACUCAUUUCGGUGGCGGGCUCGACCCUGAAGGAGCUCGAGCUCGUCCCGCAGACAUAUUUCAGCAGCAGCAGAAACGCCCUGAAUGUGUAUUUUGUCAAAGUGUCCUGGGGGUGGACGUUGUUGCUGCUGACCCCCUUCCUCCUCCUCUCCAACUCCUCCUUCAGCAGGAGUGUGUCCUUCCUCGGCCGGCGGCUGCUGUCUCUGGCGGUGGCCACAGCCAUCUGGUAUGUCUGCACCGAGACCUUCUUCUACAUCGAGGACGCGACCGGCUCGUGUUAUGAAACCAACACCCUGGAUGUUGUCAACAAGGAGUUCAUAUCCAAGGCCAGCUGCAGGCGGGCCGGCUUCCACUGGCGCGGCUAUGACAUCUCAGGACACUCCUUCAUCCUGGCCUACUCUGCACUCUUCAUCGUGGAGGAAACAGCACCGAUGGCGUCCCUGAAAACAGCCAGUCUCUCUGCACUCCCCAGGAUGGUGCUCAGCCUGCUGUACGUGGCCUUGAAUCUGAUAGUGAUCGUCUGGGUGUGGAUGUUUGCGUGCACCUCUGUUUACUUCCAUGACCCGUCUCACAAGUUGCUAGGGACCAUAUGCGCCGUGUUGGGGUGGUAUCUGACAUAUCGGGUUUGGUAUCCAAAACCUUUGUCACCAGGACUCCCCCCUCAGCGCCACCCAAAAGAACAGAAACAGCACGCCUGAGCUGCAGCUUUCCUGUACGACAUUGUUGCUAAUUUCCCUCAAAACAACACUACAGUUGAUGUUUUCUGUCUCCGGAUCCAAGCUGACCACGCUAUUUUAAGCUAUCUUAAGUUAUUCCCUCCUCACAGAAAGGUCGUUUAGUACAGGAUGGUGUUUGGCAGCUGCUGUUCCCAAAAUGACUCGUGGUAAUCUGAGACAAAAGCAAGACGCUGCCCAGCUGCCCAGCUUCAGCCUCUGAGGCUCGCACGCUACUCGUUUGUCCCUCAGUUUGUUGCCUUAUAAUGUUUUACUCAUUGAUGAGUAAUCACGGUUUUUAGAUGUGUGAGUGGGAACACUUGAGAACGUUUACAGCUCCAGUUGUAUCGCACUGAUAACAUGUAUUUUUGCAGACCUAUAUAAAUUAGCUACACUUUGUUUUUAUAGGAAACUAUAAAAGUCAGAUCACACACUGUUGCUGUGUCAACACUAUAGGUAAAGUUUGCUCGGAGAGUAUUGAGUAUAGAAAUCAUUUUACUGGCUCAUUAUACACAGACUGUAGAUGUAAGCCAGGCCUGGCUACAAGCGCAAAUUAUUAUUAAAAUGCUUUAAAGGUUUAGGCUGGAAUAAGACAGUUAUUUCCAUUAUUGAUUUAAUCUGCCUGUUAUUUUAAAUUGUCAAAUGACCACCACAGUUUGUCUUCAAAUGUUGAUUUGUCCAAGCAAUAGUCCAAAACACAAAUAUACUAAAUUCAUAAUUACAAGCUCUACAGUGCAGAGCACAUGGUGAGUUUUGGUAAAAUUAUACAAACAAAAAAAAAAAAACAGGAUCUGUGUGUUCCAUUUUCAUUAUUUAUUUGUCAUCGAUGGCAACUGAAUAAAUUAAGGCUUAUGAACAAACAUCAUAAAAAGCACCAUAAAUAAAUGCAUAUAUAGAAAUAUAAAAAAUAAAAAGUAAAAAAUAAAAAAAUACUAUAGUGAAAUAUAAUGGCCACAAAUCACAACUAGGAUUUCUCGACUUGAACUCUUUGUGUGUGUUCAAAGAAGUACAGAUCCGACCCGUCAGGUAGCAUGAUGUCAGUCAGAAGAAGCAGUGGAGUCGUCACAGGUGUGCUCGCAGUAAUCGAAAAGCAUUCACAAUGAUUGGCUGGUUAUGAAGUUUCUUGACGUUUCCCUCCUGCAGCGUCAUCGGCUGUUUGUCAAUUAACAGAAUAGGUGAAUGUCUGAGGAUCAAAACGUCAACAUAAAUAGCUAAUUUUAUGAUUAAAUCGCAACAAUAAAUAGUAUUUUACACUUUGUGUCCUCCUGCUGGCUUCAAAACUUGGAAAAAAAAUCCAGAUAUAUAUUUUUAAAUCUUCUCUUUUGUGCCAUUUACAUCACCGCUGCUCAUGCAAGAACAGUUUGAAACCAAACAACCUCCUUGUUUUCCUUUAAUGCACAUUCUCUCCAAUCUAUAUGGCUAUACUGCACUCUCAAAACAUGAAACUGGACACAAUGAACUACUGCUUCUACACCUAUUCUCCUCAUGAAAAUCAGAUUCAUUAUUAUCAGGUGUGACCCAGCAAGGAGAUGCUGCUAUUAAAGGAUCAUUGAUCGUCGUCUUUGGUUCAACUUUUCCUGCCACAGCUGCAGCGUGUUGCUAGCCACCACCUGCAGAGACGAGUUUCUGUAGCAGGAGAAUACAGGGAGCAUCCUAACUGAAAAAAUAAAUAAGUGCUGUCAUUCUUCAAGGCUUGAGCUGUACAGAAACACUGUACUGUGAGUCCUUACUGCAAGAAAUGUCUGUAUAACCAGCCAUAAAAACCAAAAGCAGCGUACAACUCCAGUCAGUACCUCACAGAAUAAGUUAAAACAUAAAGAGUGCACGGUUCAGGAGCAGAAUUAUAACAUUGUUAAACCCUGGAGGUCUGACGAAGGAAAAAAAGAAAGCAGAAAAGGCUCCCAUUAGGGGUGAGUGAGUGUGGAGCGAGAAAAGUACACUGCAUCAACAAACAACGAGACAGCUGGCAAGGCUUGCCGGGGGGAAGGCUUUUUCUUUUUCCUCGUCAUACUCCUUUUCAAAGCCUUCAGAUGAGUCAGCUCUUCCUCACUUGUUCCCCUCAUUUUAACCUUUGAGCUCAUUAAAAAUUCAAAAUCAAUGCGACAAUGUAUAAUUAAAAAUAUCUAUCUGUAAAAACAAUCUUGCAUCUGUCAGGAGGAGUCAGCGACAAACAGACAGCAGUAAAAUCCAGUGUGUUUUUUGUCUCCUUUGCUCAGUAUUGCUGAGGGACCAUCUCUAACACUGUACAGUGCAGGUGCUUCAAAUGUUACAAUUAGCAAGAAGACAUUUAGAAAUGUGUGGUUAAGAUGUUGGGUAGCGAUCAUAAAUUCUGCCUCUGGCCAGUGUCCGUCCGUCACGAAACGCUUACACAAUAAGAAAGUACCCAUGCAAUGAAAUAUACACCCUAAACCUAAAGCAACACUAUCGUGCCAUAGAUGCAGAAUUUACAAUUUUACUACCAGGUCAGCCAAAGUGUAACUUUUCAAACACCCAGGUUUUUGUAACGUCUGAACUCCUGCUCAGCGACAAAGAGAGUGACAGUGGACCAGUGUGUGCUGUGUGAUCUGUGGUGCUUUAAAUAAACUGACUCUGAGUGUA